UUUAAGCAAAGCGACUUAAGGUUGUGGAUUGAAUUGCGGUGCACGCUGGGUGGGUGGUGCGAAAGAACAUCCGCAAGAAUACAGGGGAAGCUGCAAGAAGCCAUCAGGCCUACAUGUGACAAUCCCUGUCCAUAAAUUUAUCUAAUCCUCUUUCAAAGCUCCCUAAUGACUCACCACUAACAAUCUGAUUACUGAGCCUAUUCCAUUAAGCUGGAAACUCGGGAAUAAACAUGGUGAAGAAUAAUUUUCUUUCUUAUGGGGUGAUCGUUGGUGUGGGCCUCGGGGUAGCACUAGUGGUUCUGGCAGUGUUGUACUGCUGCUGGACGCGCUGCUGCAAUGAGGGAGCAUCUAACCCUGGCCGCCCAGGCAUCGUCACCGGCCUGCGCCGCGCCUCCCUCUACCUGUCCAACACCGCCCCGCUGGACAUGAGCGUGUCCGAGCUGUUCUUCAACUUGGCCAGGGGACCCAUGGACCAGCCACACCACCACCCGAUGACAGGCCACACCCGUGUCCAGCGCCCCCUCCUUGCACCACCCGGGCGUCAUCUAUGCCCCCCUUCAUACCUUCCUCCUCCCCUGCCAUCCUUACCUGCACAGCGCCAUCAGCAAAUCCGCCGCCACUUGGUCAGUUGCCAGACGACAGCCACGCCCAGGCCCAGGAGACCAGCCCACGGCACUCGCCAAUACGCAACACUAGAUGAGAGACGCAAGAUGGAGACCAGCUCACUGUCUGUGUCCCAGAUGGGGACUGGCCGCCACAACCAACGGAGAAUGGUUCAUGCAGGUCGAGAGAGAUCUGAGAGCAAAGUCCAGAGCAACCGUGCACAAACUGAGCCUUGUCCACUCCACCACAGGGAACGCCAACCUCGCCGCAGUCCACGCCUCCUUCCUGGCUCUCCUCUCCCUGAGCCGCCUGCCCAGUCCCCCGAGCUGAUCGUUUCCCACUUCAACUCUACGGCAUCCUUGCCACGCCUGCUACAGCGCCCAUCCCCUUCACCCACGCCCAGCUGGACAUACAGCAAGUCGUUAGAACAGCCCAGCGGUUCAAGUACUUGUGACGCUCCAAGAUUUGUUUGAAGGCGUCUGGACGGGAAAGGUCAGUACUGACUGUAGCCUUCACCGCAACCACCACCAUUAUCACCACUACCCGCCACUCAUCUCCUCUCGCCUUGAUGAACACUAAGAAUAUUUUGCUUUCCUUGAUUUAGU